AAAUCCGUUCACCCAGGAAGUUGUCUACGGUGUUCUCGGGAGUUUAUUAUUUCAAGAAUAGUACAUUGAACUCUGCAGGGGUGACGCAUUGCCAUAGUCCGCGUAUUAUAAGCGACUUUGGGGUUGUUUUUUUUAUGAAGUCGCAGGUUGCGGUCGCUUCUUGUUGGGCUUGCUUCGUAUGUGUUGUUUCUGCGUAGAAUCCACGCAGCGCGUACACGGACACAGGGCUGUGCGCUGUAACUACGCUCCUCAUAACCGCCCCAGAAAUGUAACUUCAGGGGUUCGGGAAGUGGAUGCUAACUAUUUGGUCUUGGGUCGCUUCUUUUGAGGUUAUUAUCAGGACCGAUACUCGUUUUUUGAGACCUAAACAACAGGUUACCUGAUCUCCGUGUGCAGAGCUUCAUUGAGAGGGUAGAUAAAAAAAAAACUUGAACAUGGAUCCCGGACAUUCAUCACAUUCUGGGGGUCACGUCAACUUUACCGAAACGCAGGAUGACCUGCUGAGAGUGAUAGUAAAAGAAGAAGAUAUAACGGAGGAGGACUAUGGUCAUAUGACUGCGUUUCCACAUGAUGAAGAAAAGUCCUUUGCAGAGCCACACUGUAAAACUGAGACGGACAUCAUUGAGACAUACGUCGCAGAGUCCAGUGUUACUUUCACUGAAAGUGAUGAAUCACAACAGGCAACAGAGGUUAACGUGAAGGAAGAAGAGUACGAAGAAGAGGUCGAUUAUCUCCUGGGAGAUACAACACAACAGAAGAUCCACGGACAGAAUGAUGAACUCGAAGGAAGUCUGCAACUCGAAGGAAGUCUCUACAACUGCACAGUCUGCGGGAAGAGUUUCACGGCCCUGAACGAACUUGAGAAACACCAGCAAACACACUCUGUUGAUGCGAAUGAAAAAAUGUGUUAUCAGUGCACUCUGUGUGAGAAGUCCUAUACGGCCGCUUCAUCUCUUCGGCUGCACAUGCGUACACACACGGGAGAGAAGCGCCACAAAUGUGACCAGUGUGGGAAAGCUUUUUAUAUGAUUUCCCAUCUUAAAAUCCAUACGUUAAUACACACUGGAGAGAGGCCUCAUAAAUGUGACCAGUGCGGGAAAAGUUUUUCACAAAUUCAACAUCUUAAAGGCCACAUGUUAACACACACUGGAGAGAAGCCUCAUAAAUGUUUCCAAUGUGGAAGAGCUUUUUCACAAAUUUCACAAGUUAAAGCCCACAUGUUAACACACACUGGAGAGAAGCCUCAUGAAUGUAACCAGUGUGGAAAAGCUUUUUCACGACUUUCACAACUUCAAGCCCAUAUGUUAAUACACACUGGAGAGAAGCCUUAUGAAUGCACCCAGUGUGGAAAGGGUUUUACACAAAAAUCAAAUCUUACAACCCAUAUGCGAACUCACACUGGGGAGAAGCCUCAUAAAUGUUCUCAGUGUGGAAAAUGUUUUUCGCUAACACCAAAACUUAAAAUCCAUAUGCGAACUCACACUGGAGAGAAGCCUCACGAAUGUUAUCAGUGUGGAAAAACUUUUUCACAAAAAUCAAAUCUUAAUACCCAUUUGCGAACUCACGCUGGAGAGACCUACAGGAAAACAUACAUGAAAUAGAAACGUAUAUGAAUUAUCACGUUUGCAAGGAAGUUAAAAAAAUACAGGCCUACUUCUGUGAUCGAAUAUUUAUAUUUAUGAAAUAUUUCAUUCAUAUCUAUUAAUGCAUCACCUAAUGUCAAAAUACAGGCUUGGGCAUUGGGGAUCCAGGAAAGAACAGUUUAUGUUUAAUUUAUUUAACAUUGUGUUGGUCAUAUGAUAGAAUGGUGUAUUGCUUGCCUUGGUUAAAUAGUACAGAAGAUAAAGAGCUCAAAAUGAAUUGCAUAUUAAGUCGCAAUCGCAAUAAUUAGAUUAUUUUGCAAAAAUCGUUCAUCUUUAGGUAAGAUACCUGUGUUUUAUUUGGGCCUUGUUUGAAAUAUAAUUUUUUUUUUUUUUUUUUGCACAAAAGUGUCUGUUAACAAAUGUAAAUAUAAA